AUGUCAGGAUCUGAGCCGGGUUUAAUGCCGGCGAACAGAGAAUCAAUGCCAUUCCCGAUGGGUCUCCACCAGCACCAGCACCAGCAACUCAAUCAAGCUCCGCCGCCGCAGCAACACAAUCAAGCUCCGCCGCAGCAGCAGUCUCAGAAUAUGCAAUUGUCCUUCGGCGGCGGCGACGAAACCGCUAUCUACAGGCCGAUGAGCUCCGCCUCGUCCCCACCACCGCAGCAGUACCAACCAAACUCUUCCGGCGCCGGAAUUCCCUCCCUGAACAUGAACAUGCCCAUGCCUGUGACCGGAAGUGAGCCUGUGAAGAAGAGGAGAGGUAGACCGAGGAAAUACGGACCGGACAGCGACGGAAUGUCGCUUGGUCUUGUUCCCGGAGCUCCUUCGUUCACCGUUAGCCAACCUAGUGGCGACGGCGACGGUGAAGGAGCCUCUCCUACACAGAAGAGGGUGAGAGGACAAGCUUCUGGUUCAAGGAAAAGGCACAAGCUUGAAGCUUUAGGCUCGACAGGAGCCGGAUUUACGCCUCAUGUACUUACCGUGAACACUGGAGAGGAUGUAGCAUCAAAGAUAAUGGCUUUGUCUCUGAAUGGACCACGUGAUGUGUGUGUCCUGUCUGCAAAUGGUUCCAUCUCCAAUGUGACUCUUCGCCAGCAAACCACAUAUGGUGGAACCGUUACACAUGAGGGGAGAUAUGAGAUUCUGUCUUUGUCUGGCUCGUUUCAUCAAGUGGAGAAUAAUGGUCACAGAAGCAGGACCGGAGGUCUAACCGUGUGCUUAUCAGGUCCUGAUGGUAAUGUCUUUGGUGGUUCUGUAGCUGGUCUUCUUAUAGCAGCAUCGCCUGUUCAGAUUGUUGUUGGAAGUUUCAUGCCAGACGGGCCAAAGGAACCGAAACAACGUGCUACUGGCCAAAUGGAACUAUCACCACCUCCCGCAGCACCACCGCGUGUGGCCCCAAAUCAAGGACUGAUGAAUCCGGGUAGCCCGCAGUCUCGAGGCACGAUGAGUGAAUCCUCUUGCGGAGGACAUGGAAGCCCUCUUCACCAGAGCACCGGAGGAGGACCUUUCAGUAACCCCAACCUCUCCAUGCCCUGGAAGUAG